CGCAAUGGGUUUGCCGCCAGAACGCAGGUGUUGGUGAAAACCAUCGCAAUAUCUAAGCCAGAAUGGGAAAAGAAAAGACUCAUAUCAACAUCGUUGUCAUUGGUCACGUAGAUUCAGGCAAGUCCACCACUACUGGUCACCUGAUCUACAAAUGUGGUGGAAUCGACAAAAGAACCAUCGAAAAAUUUGAAAAGGAAGCUGCUGAGAUGGGAAAGGGCUCCUUCAAGUAUGCCUGGGUCUUGGAUAAACUGAAAGCUGAACAUGAGCGUGGCAUCACCAUUGAUAUCUCCCUGUGGAAAUUUGAGACCAGCAAGUACUAUGAAACCAUCAUUGAUGCCCCAGGACACAGAGACUUUAUCAAAAACAUGAUUACAGGAACAUCACAGGCUGACUGUGCUGUCCUGAUUGUUGCUGCUGGUGUUGGUGAAUUUGAAGCUGGUAUAUCCAAGAAUGGGCAGACCCGUGAACAUGCCCCUCUGGCUUACACACUGGGUGUAAAACAACUAAUUGUUGGUGUUAAUAAAAUGGAUUCCACUGAGCCACCCUAUAGCCAGAAGAGAUAUGAGGAAAUUGUUAAGGAAGUCAGCACCUACAUUAAGAAAAUUGGCUACAACCCUGACACAGUAGCAUUUGUGCCAAUUUCUGGUUGGAAUGGUGACAACAUGCUGGAGCCAAGUGCUAAUAUGCCUUGGUUCAAGGGAUGGAAAGUCACCCGUAAGGACGGCAGUGCCAGUGGAACCACAAAGCUUGAAGCUCUGGAUUGCAUCCUGCCACCAACUCGCCCAACUGACAAGCCCCUGCGUCUGCCCCUCCAGGAUGUCUACAAAAUUGGUGGUAUUGGCACUGUUCCUGUGGGUAGAGUGGAGACUGGUGUUCUCAAACCAGGCAUGGUGGUCACCUUCUUACAUGUGUCUCUUAAGUCGAGGUCUGGGAAGCCAGGAAUUUGCUUUUCUAACAAGUUCCCAGGUGAUGCUGAUGCCGGUGUGAGUAAUAGUGCUGUUAUUAGGCUAAAUGGCAACUAUAGUCUUUUUGCAGUUACAUUAGUCACCUCUUGUGACAACAGUACCUAUGUGGACUUAGAAGUCUCUAAAGUGGACAUCUCUAUUAACCAGUAUUUUCAUUCCUACGUUCUUUCAGUAAAAAUCAUUGUUAAGACUCAGCCAGCGUUUAUCAUAAUUUCAAGAAUACACCAAAAACUGGUUGGCUUUGUAGUCGGCAUUGAGAUUAACUUUCUCUAA